ACUUACUGAAAUCACUGUUUAUAUCAUAUACUACUUUUAAAUAAAUCUGUGCACUUUAGACUUUAUAUCGUUAUACACAGUUUACGCACUGAAAUUAAAGUAGCUUUAACUCAAUCACACAACAUGGCGCCAAAGAAAAAGGGGAAGAAACGUCAGGACGACGAUGACUGGGAGAGCGAAGUCCUUGGUGCGAAAAUAGGUCCCGAUGGUCUGCCAAUUGUAGAGGUUAGUGACAAUGACGAUGCCGCCCCUGCACCCGUAGCUGCGGCACCAUCGAAGAAGAACAAGAAGAAAGGCAAGAAAGCCAAAAACGAGCCUGUCAAUGCAUUUUCCAUGCUCAACGCUGGCAUGGAUGAAGAUGUAGACUCGGGCAACGAAUCCGCCAAGGCGCAAGACCCUCCCAGUGAAGGCGAGGCACCUGCUGCGCCAGAGCCGGUGAUGCCUAAGGAAGCACCCGUGGCUUCGUUCGAUAGCGAGGACGAUGAAUAUGUCAAGGCUGCGCCAAAGUCCAAGAAGGACAAGAAGAAAAAGAAGAAGCAGAACAAACAGGAAGACGAAGAUCUCGAGAAGCUUCUGGCCGCACUCACAGGCGAAGGCGCCAGUGAUGGGGAAGCUGCCCCUGCCGCAGAACCUGCGGCAGUGAAGCCUGGGACAGGGAACGAUGGGGGUGACGACCAAGAGGAAGGGGGUAGUGGGGUGAAGACUAAGGCACAUAAGAAAGCCGAGAAAAAGGCGAGGCAGAAGGCUGAUGCUCAGAGGAAGAAGGAACUCGCCGCACAAGGCGGUGCUGAGCCAGAGGACACGCCAGACGCACCCGAAGAGGAGGCCCCUACUGCACCCGAGCCCACAGCCGCUGCAGGUAAAGGCAAGAAGGGCAAGAAGGGGCCAUCUGCCGCCGUCAGGGCUAUGCAGGAACAACAAGCCGCACUCAAGGCAGAGGAGGAAAGGAUUGCGAAUGAAAUGAAGAGACUGGAGGAAGCGGAAAACGAGCGCAUCCGAAAGAUCGAAGAGGCCGAGGCGGUGGCUAUGGCGAAGAAAGAGGCCAAGAAAAUAAAGGAGAACGAGCGAAAGGAACGGCUCAGGAAAGAGGGCAAGUUGCUGAGUAAAGCUCAGAAGGAAGCCCAGGCAAAGAAUGCGGCGUACCUGGCAACACUCAAAGCAGAGGGAAUGCUGCCGGUGGAUGCAGGAGAAGAGCCUGAGCAAAAGAAGAAGGUGGUGUACCAGAAGAAGAAGAAGAACCCGCAACAGGUAGCCGCCGCCAAAGCAGAAGCCGAGGCGAAGGCCGAAGCUGAGGCGAAAGCGGCCGAAGAGGCCGAGGCAGAGGAAAAGGCUCGGGAGCGCAAGGAUAGUGUCAAGGAUACCUGGGACGCUAGCAGUGAUGAGGACUCGCAGGAAGAGUCCGACGAUGAAGAUGCCAAGGAAGAUUGGGAGGCAAGUAGCAGUGAAGAGGAGGACGAACCACAGAGCACUAAGGCUAAACCUGCACCGGCCACAGUCAAGGCCCCUGCCAAGAAGGUCAAAGAAAUAUCCGAAAGCGACGACAAUGACAGUGACGAUAGUGACGACGACAGUGACGAUGACAGCAGUGACUAUAGCGACAGCGACAGCGACAGUGAUGCCGGCAAGGGUAAAGAUAAAGUAGACAUGAAGAUGAUCGAGAAGAGAAUAGAUCUCAGGAAUGAGGAGGCCCGCAAGAACGCGUUGGCAAAUGAGCUACGUUCACCAAUCAUUUGUGUACUCGGUCAUGUCGACACCGGAAAGACCAAGAUUCUAGAUCACAUCCGUAAAUCAAACGUUCAGACUGGAGAGGCCGGCGGUAUCACGCAGCAAAUCGGGGCUACGUUCGUGCCUAUCCAGACUGUGAAAGACCGAACCGAAUGCCUCAACCAGAAGGGCAAGCUAGAGCUCAAUGUGCCUGGACUGCUCAUCAUCGACACACCGGGUCACGAGUCCUUCUCCAACCUGCGAUCGCGCGGAUCGUCCCUGUGCGAUCUGUCAAUUCUGGUGAUCGAUCUCAUGCACGGUUUGGAGCCACAGACCAUCGAGUCGAUUAAACUGCUGAAGAAGGGUAAGACCCCGUUCGUGGUGGCGUUGAACAAAAUCGAUCGUCUCUACGGCUGGGUCGCCCAUGACAACCUGAACUUCACGGCGACAAUGAAAAAGCAGACUGAGAAUGUGAAGAUCGAGUUCAAAGACCGAUGUAAUCAGAUCCUCGGGCAACUGGCUGAGCAGGGUUUGAAUGCAUGUCUAUACCAUGAAAACAAAGACAUUAGAAAAACGGUGUCCGUUGUUCCCACAAGCGCCCACACCGGUGAGGGUAUCCCAGAUCUGAUGAUGUUGGUCGUACAACUGACACAAAGGAUGAUGGCUGAGCGGUUGGCCUUUGUAGACAUCCUGCAGUGUACCGUUCUGGAGGUCAAGGUGUUACUGGGACUGGGCACUACCAUCGAUGUCAUCUUGUCACAGGGAAAGCUCAGGGAAGGCGAUCAAAUAGUUGUGAGUGGUCUCGAUGGCCCCAUCACAAGUCAGCUACAACACGACCCAACCUACGCAGUCAUUUUGGCCUUCGAUGUCAAAGUGGACAAGGACGCACAAGACAUGUGCAAGGAGAUGGGCGUGACUCUCUUUACGGCCGAUAUCAUAUACCAUCUGUUUGAUAACUUCACUGCCCACCUUGCGGCUAUCAAGGCGAAAAAGAAGGAAGAGAACGCACACUUGGCCUGGUUCCCAUGCCACUUUGUCAUCAAACCAGAGUUUGUCAUCAACAAGCGUGACCCGAUCAUUGUGGGUGUGGAUAUCUUAGAGGGACGACUGACGGUGGGUGUGCCGGUGUGUGUACCAUCCAAAGACGGUCUGAUCCUGGGCACAGUGCAGUCUAUUGAGAUCAACAACAAGGAACUCCACGAGGCAAAGGUGGGUCAGUCCGUGGCCAUUAAAAUCGCUAACUUCGGGUCGGAGGCACCGAAGAUGUAUGGGCGUCAGUUUGAUUCGACCGACGCUAUAUACACCCGACUGACGAGAAAGACGAUUGAGGUGUUGAAGGAGCACUUCAGGGAUGAGAUGACCAAGCAGGAUUGGAGGCUGAUCGUACGGAUGAAAACGCUGUUCAACAUCAUGUAAAUGGCAAGCGACUCUGCGGUGUUCUUGGCCAGUAUUUAGUUUGGCGCGCGUAACUAGUGCGUGGCUAUAAUUGGGGCAAGUUUAGUGCAGGUGGACGGUACUUCCUCUGGUUGACACGUGGUGUCGGUCCAGAGCGGCCGAUAUCAGUAUCUGCAACGGAAGCGCUGAAUAAAUGAUGUACGAAUAUUGCUCACGG